AUCACAUUCUAAUGUCUAAAAAGCUAACAAUCUCUAAAUUCAAUCCCAACAAUACUCAAGACAUUCCUGAACUGGAAAGGGUUGAAACCUACAGGACAUUUUAUAAAAAGAGAUUUAGAAAGCUUCAAGCAGAAGAGAGUCCAGUCUAACAGGUUGCUCCACAAAGCAUCCUAUUGAAACCGGGAUAAAUUCCAUUCAAAAGAUCUUUUCAAAAACCAAAAGAUGAUAUCAUCGAUGUUAAAAAAUUGUAAUUGCAAUUGAUAACAAAUAGUUAGAUCUGUGAAUUGUGGAGUUAUAAAUAUAAUCAUGUUGUACAGAAGGUCUCCAAACUAAACAAUGUGAGUGAAAUUCUAGAAAUUCAGAGACAAUAAUAACGAAAGUCCUAAAAAUUUAAAACUCAAAUUUCGUACUUUAUUGGUUCAUUUUUAUAGAUCAGACCAGAUACCUUAUAAUUCCAAUUUCUUUUCAGACAAAAGCAAACUCAAAACUACUAUCUCGGAUUACACUCUGCCAAAAAUAGAAUCAUUAUCUUCCUUUUAAAAGUAAGAAAAACAAAGCUUUUAAUUUAAGUCCAUUAUCCCCAGAGAAAAUUGUUACUAGUACUUAAAGUACCAAAAUUAACAAUGCAUCUGAUUUCAAAAGGAAACUCAAAGAUUUAAUUGAUACGUGUGAUAAUGCCUAAUUAUUUAGACCAAACAAAUUUAGUAAGAUAUGA